UGAAGAUAUGUAGAUGAAAACAGAAGGCAGACAAACAUAUAUUUUCAUUUAGGAGGAUAUAUUCCAUAAUAAUGGGAAACACAGAUACUAAACUGAAUUUUAGGAAGGCAGUGAUACAAUUGACAACAAAGACACAGCCCAUUGAAGCAAAUGAUGAAGCUUUCUGGGAACAGUUUUGGUCAGAGAGUGUUACAUGCGUUCAAGAUGUAUUCACAUUAAUCCCUGCGGCAGAGAUCCGGGCAUUGAGGGAAGAAUCUCCAUCAAAUUUAGCAACACUUUGCUACAAAGCUGUGGAGAAAUUAGUUGCUGCAGCAGAGAGUGGAUGCCCCUCACAAAGAGAACAACAGACAGUUUUGAAUUGUGUGCGCCUCCUGACUCGAAUUCUGCCAUACAUAUUUGAAGACCCAGAUUGGAGAGGGUUCUUCUGGUCCACAUUGCCAAACCAGUCUGAAGAGACUGAGAUUGAAAGCUCACCACUAGCCCAAUCAUUACUAAAUGCUUUAUGUGAUCUACUGUUUUGUCCAGACUUUACAGUUCAAUCAAACAGAAAAUCUGGCCCAGACAACCCUGAGGACAUGGGCUCCAUUGACAGCUGUGAAUACAUCUGGGAGUCAGGGGUGGGCUUCGCUCACUCUCCCCCACACAACUUCCAGCAUGACCAGCACAGAACAGAGAUUAUCAAGCUGUUUCUCACCUGUUUCUCAGAGACAAUGUAUCUACCACCAAUAGCUGAUGCCCACACAGUUCCAAAUCAAUGGAUUCAAUAUUUCACAUCAACUGAUAACAGACAUGCUCUACCGCUGUUCACCUCCCUACUUAAUAUUGUCUGCGCCUACGACCCAGUUGGGUAUGGUGUUCCGUACAAUCAUCUCAUGUUCACUGACUCACGGGAACAGCUGGUAGAAGGAGCUCUUCAGGUUCUCUGUGUUACCAUGGAGAAUGAAUCAUCCAAUCAUAACGUGUCUGUGGAUGGUACUUCUGGAGGAACUGGCAUGGAUGCCCAGAGUGAUACUGGUGGACCAGACAACCUGUUUGUAAACUAUUUAUCCAGAAUUCACAGGGAGGAGGAUUUUGCAUUUAUUCUAAGGGGAAUAACUCGUCUCCUUAACAAUCCACUUACUCAGACUUACUUGCCAGGCUCCUGCAAAAAGAUCCAGUUCCAUCAAGAGUUACUGGUCUUGUUCUGGAAAAUGUGUGAUAUUAAUAAGAAAUUCAUGUUUUACGUAUUGAAGAGCAGCGAUGUUUUGGAUGUUCUUGUGCCCAUUUUGUAUUUCCUGAAUGAUGCCAGAGCAGACCAGUCUCGCGUGGGUCUGAUGCACAUUGGGGUAUUCAUCCUACUUCUUCUGAGUGGGGAGAGGAACUUUGGAGUCCGGUUAAACAAGCCCUACUCAGUGCGUGUUCCCAUGGACAUUCCUGUGUUUACCGGAACACACGCAGAUUUCCUCAUCAUUGUUUUUCACAAAAUCAUUACCACUGGACACCAGAGACUACAGCCCCUGUUUGACUGUCUUCUGACCAUCAUUGUCAAUGUAUCCCCAUAUCUGAAGACUUUGUCAAUGGUUGCCAGCACCAAAUUACUGCACCUACUGGAGGCUUUCAGCACACCUUGGUUCCUGUAUGCCAGCCCCACCAAUCAUCAUCUAGUCUUCUUCCUUCUAGAAGUCUUCAACAACAUCAUUCAGUACCAGUUUGACGGAAAUUGUAAUCUCGUCUACACAAUCAUUCGCAAAAGAAAUGUAUUCCAUCAGCUGGCAAACUUACCUACUGAGCAUGCUACAAUCGCAAAGGCCCUCAGUAAGAGGGGUAAGAAGUUUGUACAGCUGACCCCUGAGAGUGGGAAAGACCUCCCCACCAUGGAGGGAGCCAUGCCUGCUAUGGAGGCAGAGCCAGGAACCCUCAAGACGACCCUGGCUGCCACACCCAUAAAAUUAAAGCCAGACAUGAGAAGACUGGACAGGAUGACUGAGAAAGCUGCCCCUGAUGAAGGCCACUCAGAGCUGACUCUGAAAGAGUUGGCCACUUCUACUGGUAACAUUAAUAUCCAGCCUCCAUCUGAAAUCCAAGAUCCAGACUCUCCGGAGCAUAACAAACCUAAGGCGAAGGCAUCCAGAUCUGUGCCUAAUUCUCCACCAGGGAGUCCCACAGGUUCUGAGACGACUGCGAAACCACCGCUUGCCCGCACCUCAUCCACCUCAAGCUCAGGUGGGUCCUGGGUGGCCACUCCAGAGUGGGUCCAGUCCUGGAAACAGAAGCUGCCCCUUCAGACCAUUAUGAGAAUGCUCCAGGUCCUAGUGCCCCAGGUAGAAAAGAUCUGUAUCGACAAGGGACUGACAGAUGAGAGUGAGAUACUAAAGUUCCUGCAGCAUGGAACAUUAGUGGGACUACUCCCUGUGCCCCACCCCAUCCUGAUCAGGAAAUACCAGGCUAACAGUGGCACCACCAUGUGGUUCAGAACCUACCUGUGGGGAGUCAUAUAUCUCAGAAAUGUUGAUCCUCCAAUAUGGUACGACACAAAUGUCAAACUGUUUGAGAUUCAGAGAAUAUAAAAAGGUUAGUGAUGUUGACUUCUGAUCAAAAUGUGAAGAAAAAGAAAAAAAAUACAGAGCCCAAAGGGAAUCACUAAAGAUGGCUGUCACAAAAGAUAAAUAAAAUCAACACAUUAACAGAUCUGUAAAGAUCUUGGAGAUCUGAAAACUUUAUCUAUAUGACACUAUUAUAUAAAUGUAGUGUGUAAUGUAUUGUACCAGCUUUUGAUUCCAUCUUAGUAUUUGUUUCAUUAUGGCCAGCCAGCAGCUUGAAUUUGCUCUAGUUCUCCAAAUACAAGAAACAGACUAGCCAAAUUUUUAAAAUCUCACAUAUUAUUUCUUAUUAAAACUUACAUUGUAUGUGCUGGAGGGAAGAGAUUCUGAAAUAUUAUCAAUGUAUGCUGUUCAAAAUUUAAGUUAGAUCAAGGUACACUCUAUUUAUGAAUCUUUUUUUCAUUCAAAGAUUUUUUAAGUGAUUUUUUUUAUGAAGAAACUUUUUUUUUUCAAAAACUUUUGGAUUGUGAUGACAUUUAAGGUACAAGUAUGUAAGAUUCUAACUGCUUUAGUUACAGUAGAAAGUAAAGACAUUUUGCUGUACAAAUGGAUGGGCCUUUUAUCAUUACUAACAGUUGUGUGCAGAGAUUUGCCUGCACUCACUUUAUAAAUCUAAGUAAAUGUUGAAAAUCGUCCUUAAAAUAGCAAAUUGAAAAUCUGGAUCUCAUUUGACUUGUUUUAUUGAUUUUAAAAUCAAGUUAUUCUGUUAAAUCAUUAGUACCUUAAAGGUCUGAGGCAAUAAAAUAUGCAUGUACAUGCAAUAAAAUAUGCAUGUACAUGCAGUGAUGGAACUGUUCUCUCCAACAUUCAAAGAUGUGUGUGUGUAUCUGUGUAAUCAGUAAGAAAUACAGGUCAAAGUUUCUGCCACUACAGACCUUAUUAAAAAAGAGAACAACAUUCCUUACAUUUUAUGUCUUUGCCCAUAUUAGUUUUCUGAGAGUUGUUGAUCUUGCUACACAUUCAAUUUAAAUUCAUGGUUUUCAUGAAGAGUACAGAUUUUUAAAUUGCACUGAAUUCUGAAGAGUUGUCAAUGUGUUUAUCAAUCUUGCUCUGUUCAGGAGCAUAAUCUUUAUCAUAAAAUGAAAUCCACAAAGCUUGUAGCAUUUUCACCUUAUUUAGCAUGAACAUUCUUGAAGGCCUAUUUAUUAUUUAUCUGUAUUAUGAGGGCAUAUUUUGUAUGAGUGGUAUUCUAUUUCAUAAGAUUUAUUUUUGUUAUUAUGGUUAUUGUAGCCUUUAUCUCAUCAACACAACUAUUAUGGAAGGAAAUGUGCAAUUGUAUACUAGUACAUUAAAUAAUGAUAAUAUUAGAAGCAGAAUUGUGAAAUAAUAUAUUGAUAUUGUUAUUGUUUUUUUGUUAUGGUCAUGUAGAAUAUAAAAUGUAGUGUUUCCGCAAAUGUUAGUGACAAUAAAGACUGAAAAAAAUUAA